GAAACGGAAGCCGGAAAGGAACAAACGAGUUAACCAGUAAACGCGCUCUCGGAGCGCUGGAGCAACGUGUACGAUAACAAACAUCUCCACUGAUGUUGACCGGAUGCAGAACCCUUGCUUGUUGUACUAGGAGGAGCUUAACCUCACCGGCGGCUCUCUGCUCCUCAGCGGUUUCAUACAUCCCUGCUUCUCUUUUCUCCGCGUCUCACAGCCACGGCUUCUUCACGAGCCAAAGCACUUCGGUCGCCCUGCACUCAUCUCUUCGCUUCUCUCCCGCCCGCCGCCUCUCUCUUUCUGCUCGCCGUUCGGGGCCGAUGGAGCUCGAGGAGGUCCUGCAGGUGUUGGAGCAGCUCGCCCCCCUGUCUCUGGCCGAGUCGUGGGAUAACGUCGGCCUCCUGGUCGAGCCCGGCGAAUCUCGGCCCGUGAAGACCAUCCUGCUGACCAACGACCUCACGCACGCCGUCAUGGACGAGGCGGUGGCCGUGAGCUGUGACCUCAUCAUCUCGUAUCACCCUCCGUUGUUUCGGCCGAUGAAGCGUCUGGUUCAGAAAGAUUGGAAGCAGCGGUUGGUUAUCCGGGCCGUGGAGGCCAGGAUGGCCAUCUUCUCCCCUCACACCUCGUGGGACACCGUUAAAGGAGGCGUGAACGACUGGCUGGUCGGGGGACUCGGUAGCGGGCAGGUGUCGGUGAUCAGUCAGGCCGCCGGCGGCGUCUCCCAGAGCCACAAACUGGAGUUCACAGUCAAAAGCGGAGAGGAACUAAACGGAGUUAUGGAGGAACUGAAGUCGUGUGACAGCGAAACGACACUACAACAUUCAGUCAGCAGACCGGACCACAGCGGGGUCCAUGUCAGCGUCACCUGCAGCGACUCCGCGCUGACCCCGAGCGUCCAGACUCUGCUCCGACACAACGCCCCCAGCCUCUCCCUCAGCAUCCUGAAGUUAGAAAAGCCUCCUCUCCCGGGAUAUGGCCAAGGACGACUGAGUGUUCUGGACCAGCCAAUAACCCUGGCAACAGCCAUCCAGAAAAUGAAGGCCCACUUGGGUUUGAGUCACCUCCGCUUGGCUCUGGGAUCUGGGCAGACGCUAGAGUCCUCUGUGUGCACUGCGGCUGUGUGUGCUGGAUCUGGGGCCUCCAUACUGAACGGAGUCAAGGCAGACCUCUACGUCACAGGUGAGAUGUCCCACCAUGAAGUGCUGGACGCCGUGGCGACGGGAACCAGCGUCCUCCUCAGCGACCACAGCAACAGCGAGCGAGGGUUCCUGGCCGUGUUCAGGGAGAAGCUGGCGGUGCGUCUCCCCGACAGCGUCACCGUGGCGGUGUCCACGGCCGACAGGGACCCCCUGGAGGUGGUCUGACCGCCUCGUAGCUACAGCUGCACCACUUCGUCUGGUGGGGAACAUCUGGUGGAGACAAAUUCCAAAAGCACCCACCGCCUUUUCCAAUGGAGCGUUUGGGAUGUGAUUCCACUGGGCUCGUUAUGUAAAGCUAUCCGGUAGCUGUAAGAAAGUACUUCCACAUAUCUGCGCCUCAUGUCAUCAGGAAAAGUCCGUUGGUACAUUCUUGUUAUGUAUUUCCGGCCUGGCCUGAAUAAAAACGGGUUCUGGUGGAUCACA